AUGUCGAAUAAUAACCACAAGACUGAAUUAACCACUCUCGUUAUUAAUGAACUAAUGACUGAUAUUGACUCGAAGCCACUCCACCCAAGAAAUAAGCUUCUCGUGUACAGUCGUUAUGUCUUAUCCAAAAUAUCCUGGCAUUUCACCAUCGCAACACUUUCUAAAACAUGGGUUAUUGAAAAUAUUGAUCCCGCAGUCAACCAAUACAUCCGUAAAUGGCUUGAAAUUCCAAUCUCAGGGGCACUAAAUACUGUUUUUCUAACUUGUAACAAAUGUGGUAAAAGUAUUUAUCCUCCAUUGGUGAAAUUUAUCCAAUGCCAAACAGUUCUUCGAAAAGCUAUAAAACUUUCUCCUAAUCAAUCAAUUAACGAACUGUGA